AUCAUUAAAUUAAUGCAGUGAUAAAAUUAAUAAAUGAAAUAUGAAAUAAAAUUGCUAUAAAUGAGGAAAGAUUCAGUAAUGAAUUUUGAUGAGUUUUAUUUUUCGUAAGAAUGAAGAUGUGGUACGAAAUUCUUUUGCUGUUGUUAUUGACAAAAGUGUGCGUGGGCAUCGAGAAAUAUUGGUUGCCAAACUUGGAAUGGGAAACAGCUAGAAAUUGGGUGGAGAACCGGACACCGGAAAUGGACAGUCGCGUGAUUUUUCCUCUGGAAAUGAGACACGCUGCGGGUCUUUCGAUUUCCAAGGAUCUUAGAUUUUCUGGCUUCGAUUUAGCUAGGACUGGAUCUCUGGUUUUACCUAGAGAUGGAAAUAUACAGUUGAAAGAAGAGGAAAAGUCAAAGGUGAAAAUCAGUCAAUGGGCAAGAACAGGGCACAUAUUUUGGGCCGAUCCUCAAAACUGGAACGGAAGUUCGGAAGCAGCGCCUCAUCUUGAGCGAGUUCCGUGUCGACAGGAUGAUAUUGUUCUACCGGAGAAGAAGAAGACUUUUAGUAUUCUUUUACCGAUGAGGAAUAUAGAAGUGAGAUCUGUUAGAAUGUCGGACGAGAAGCAUCCAUUGAGUUCGUGGCAGUGGACCGAGAUGGAAGACAGGAGGGAGUUUCAUAAAAGAUUCACUGUGUCAUAUGCCGAGUACAGUUGUAAUAAAUGCACCUGCCAAAAUGAUCAAAAUGGCGACUAUCUCGAAGAAAUCUGUGCCAUUGAGAGACCAAAAUGUGGAUUCACGCCUUGCGAGUUUCCUCUCACGGUUGAAGGCCACUGUUGUCGAUAUUGUGGCGGUCGAGUGUCUUUGACAAACAAAGCAUCUUUGCCGGUGGUUCGUGUUGCAGCAGACGAAGCUUUCGAGGGAUACACAGAAAGCCUAGCAUGGCAUGUCAGACGUACUUCGAACGGGGCAGUCGAAGUAUUGAUAAAGGAAAAGAACGACUAUACCGAAAUCAAUAUCCUCGAAGCGGUGGAAAAUAUGAAGAAGGCUUUAAUAAGUAUGAACAUUGAAGUAUCGAGCACGGAAACCGCAGGUGCAGCUUUACAGGAUAAUCGGCUGGCGGUUGCACUUGUUCCUCUCUUUGGAACGCCAUUCAUCAUCUUUGUCAUACUGUUCUUCGUUUUCUUGUACUUUGGGUACUCAUACAGACACAUGCUAUCAGGCUGCACAGACGUUUUUUCGUCAAUCAGAGACGGCACUCGAGUAGACAAGUCUCAGUCCAAGCCAUUUAGUUUCGCUCGUUUCGAGAACAUACCAGAAGGCAACGUCCAAAUAGCCAACGUAGCCGUCGCUGAAGAACAGCCUGAUAAAAACGAAGAAACUGAGGAGGAGGACUCGGGAGGAAGAUUCGAAAAUCCUUUGUACAGAUCGAAAAGAAAAAAGAAGGAAGAAAUUGAGGUGUUAAACAUGGAUGCUCCUUUGAGGCUGACGGCCCUCAAAGAUAAAGUUGAGGGGAUCGAAGAAGCUGAUGUGGAUAUCCACUAAUAUUUACAAUUAAAAUUCAAUUUUUUAUUGGAUUAAAUGGAACUUUAAUUCAACUUUUCUGUUAAGUUGUCAAUUUCAUUUUCUGUAUAUUUGUUAAAGUAAGCUGUAAAGUUUUAUAAAAAUAGUUGAAUUGUGAAGAGAGUAGGUGGCGCCAUCUAGCGGCGGAGGGUGGGAACUAACGAAAGUGCUGUUCCAAAAGUGUGUAGUUCACCCUGUUCGCCGGAGAGAUGGCGCCACUUAUUCAAUUUUUAAAAAAUCCAAUUAUUAUUGAUUUUGGUGGCUUAAUUUGUUAUAAUAUGCAUCAAAUUACAUUAGAGAGCAAAACUAAUUAACUUAGGAUUGCAUAGUUCUUAAUAUUCAUUGCCAACACUGAAAUAUUCACAGGCUAUACUAAUCUUACAAUGGUGUCAUGAAUUUCCAUGUAAAUAAAUAAAUAAAAUAUGUAACAUAAUAUAACAUAAAG